GUCACCGCUUUGGCCCCUCCCGCAUCGCAUACGUAUACUCCUUUGACCCUCACUGUAUAUAUAUAUUUGGUACAUAUCUAUAUAUCGCCGGUAGAAGCUCCGUUUUCAUUCUUACAGAGAGAGAGAGAGGGUGGAGGGAAAUUGGUUAUCUUAGAGGCAAAUGAAUAUGAACAAAGGGUCUGAUUCAUCUGGCGAUGUUGGUGGCGGUUCCUCUUCAACUGCUGAGUAUCUGAAGCAUCUCAAUAAGAUUUCACAUAAGAUCUCCAAGCCUGUCCGGAAGCCCCCUGUUUAUGAGAAUCGCGGCCUUCAAAGUUCUCAGUUUGAUAUCAUCCAGGACCAGCAGCAAUCGCAGCCUGCGGCGGCGGCGGCGGCGGCGGCUUCUCAUAUUCUGCUGCAGCAACAGCACCCGGCGCCGCCCCAGCAGCAGCCGCCGGUAUAUAACAUCAACAAGAGCGAUUUUCGCGAUGUGGUCCAGAAACUCACCGGAUCUCCGGCCCACGAGCGGAUGUCCACUCCCCCGCCCAUUCAGCAUCCCAAACCGCAGAGUUCGAGGUUACAGAGGAUUCGUCCUCCGCCGCUGGCACAAAUUGGCAACCGUCCGGCCCCGCUGAUUCCGAACCAUCAGGGGCAAAGCGGCGGGCAACGGCCCGGGCAACCGCAGCCCCUUUCCCCCCUGCCUCCGUUUCCGGCGGUGCACGCGGCGGCAGAGUCACCGAUCUCUGCCUAUAUGAGGUUCCUCCAGAACUCCUUCGCCGGAGCAGCUGCUGACUCCAACUCUAAGCGGUUCUCAUCUGGGCACCCCCCACAUGCUCCUCUUGCUUCGCCGCGGUGGAACGGCCUCGCUCCUCCCCCUCCGCACCAUCAUCAUCCACUUUUUGCUCCGCACCAACAAACCAUCCGGCCACCAACCGCGUCCUCAUCCGCCUCAUUCUUACCACCAUAUCCGGCUAUGCCAUCUUCUCCUCUGCCCUUUAGCUGCCUUCCCUCGCCAAGAUCGCCCUGUGCGUUGCUAUCCCCAAAUCUAUUGCUUUCACCCACAGGUCAACUAGGGUUCCCACAGCUCCCCCUGUCACCGACUGGUCCUGCUCGUAACCCAACCUGGAAGGGUAUUUGAAGAAUUACGGUCCAAACAGAAGGUGAGAUCUUUAGGAACUUAAAAACAAGGUUAUCUUUGUCGAAACAUACUGCCUGUAGCACUAGGUUGGAAAAUGUACAUCUUUUUUUUUUCGCAAGGAGAAAAUCUUAAGUUUGGGGACCUUAUAGAUAUCCUGUGUAAAUUCAUGCUAAUGGGAAUGAAGAGAAGCAUUUUCUGGUACUUCUCUCAUCUUCUCAGAAGUUAAUGCUGUGGAUUUGGGAUAUAGAAAAAAGUGUGGUUCUUCUGGUGGACAUUCCUUACAACUGAUGAGCUGACAUCUAGUUUAUGUCAUUACCAUAUUUGUAAUAGAUUGAAGUUAUGAGAAACUGAUGUGAACAGCUAAAAUAUAGAUCAAGCCAGGUUGCUUAACAUAAGUUAUAGUGUAUGUUCAAAGUGUAAGGCUAACUCUUGGCAAUGAUUAUGGCCAAUUGUGAACUCAAAGAUCAAUUAUUAUACCCUCUGAUGAAUCUCAGCAUCUUUUUUUUUU